AUGGAGGCUCUAGACUGGAUCGAGUUGUUAAUGAGAGCUUUCUUCUGCUUCACUGGUAUUAUAGGGAACGGUUGGCUGUGUUUGCGCUCUCUUCCCAAAUCCGGAUCUCAGCUGCGGACCGGAGACGUCCUCUUUGUUAACCUGGCCGUGUCCAAUCUGAUCACAAACUGUCUGGUGGACCUGCCGGAAACCAUGGCGCACUUUGCCAAAUCCUGGCUCACGACUAACGAGUACUGCGGCGUGACUCAGUUUUCCCACGAAAUCUCGGAGACCAGCAGCAUCUUCUCCACUAUGUUCAUCAGCAUGUAUUGGCAUCAGAAGCUGGUGGGCUCCAUCAGACGUGGAGGAGCUCCGGUGCAGAUGGAUAAUUUGAGGUUAGUCGGCGUAUUGCUCGCUGGGAGCUGGAUCGUGUCGACUGCGUUCAGUCUUCCGCACAUCUUUAUCGCAGAGCACAAUGCGAACGAGAGUUUGGAAGUUUGCGAAGAACGUUUUGCAUCACCUACAGCCAAGCAGACGUAUGAUGGCAUGUACCUUACACUGGCUAACGUCGUUCCGAUGAUUGGGAUAACUUACGCCACCGUUCAGAUCGUCUUAACGCUGCUUCGGAGUCAAAAACGAAUCAAGGAUCGCUCCAGGAAUGAAGCAAACCCUCCACCUUCAUCUGUAGACCACAAACUGGAAGGAACCGCAGAACGCAGCGUGGAAGGAAGAUCUCAACAGAAGACGCAGGUCAGAUCCAAUCCAUCCUCAAGCAACCAGGUUCGAGCGGCCAAAAGCGUGGUUGCAGUCGCCACCAUCUUCAUCUUCUGCUGGUUCACUCACCUCAUCCUCCGCAUCUACAGCAGCUUCAGAAACUCCGUCCUGGCUGUGAAACUCACCAAUUUCAUUGGAGCAUCUUACGUCUGUUUCGUCCCGUACGUCUACUUGCACGGCUUGAAGAAACUCAACUGCUCUUGGCGGUAA